UCGCGGCAGGCUUAACAAUAAAAGAACGAUGUAAAAUGGCGCCUGUUUGUUUACUAUUUGGAAUUUAUGUCGGCAAAAAGUGCAAUAGUGUAAAUCCGAUCAAUUCUCAAAAGUACUGUGGUAUUAAGUUUUGUUUAGUCUUCACUUGACACAAUGUCUGAACAGGGUGCAGCACUUCAAACUUAUAACCAAGAGCUUGUCAAAGGUAUUGAGGCACUGAAAAGAAGACGCUCAGAAUUAUUGCAAAGCAUGAAGGAAGAUGAGCAACAAAAAGAGGUCUUAGAAAAAGAAAUGGCAUCUGUCAAAGAAAAGCUCAUGACUGUUUGUAGCAGAUUGAAUGAUAGACUUCAGAAGAAAGCUUAUUAUGACAAUGCCAUUGAAAACAGCGAAACUGCAUAUAUGAAGAUUCUCGAGAGCUCUCAAGCACUUCUUAGUGUUGUCCGUCAAGAAGCUAGGUCAAUAGAACACUCUAAACAAGUAUCCCCAUAACUUGAUUGUAUCAUUUUGUAUGUAAAGCUCUACACUAUGAUUCUCCUGUCUUUUAUAAAUUAAAAUAUUAUUACUUA